GGUUUUUGGGAUGGAGGGGCGAGGGAGGAGGGGUGUUGAGGAUGUAAGUUUUAUUUUUGCUUGGUUCUUGCUGCUCUUAUAUUCUGAGGUGUUUUCUGAGUUUGAUUUGGUUCUUGUCGUUUUUUUCUAUGUUUAUAGAAAGUUUUGUUCAUUGACGGUGGUCGAGUGGCUUCCUCUUUUGGGCAGAGGGGAGAUGAAGAUAUAUUUUCGAGGGUUGUGGAAUGGAUGGAUAGAGACUGGUUGGUAGAGAUUGUCAUGUGGUUUCCUCGCCCCUUGUAAUCAUCUAGUCUUGCUCUCAUCAGUCCCAGCUCAAUGAUGAAUUCCAACGCUAGCAAAGUGGAAAUCAGGUCUCUCUUCCACUAACAAAAACAUAUACCACAUCACUACAGUACCUCUCCUCAUUCCCGCCACUUUUCUGAAUAUACCCAAACUAACAUACCGUGUAGAAAAUAACAACAGUCCUCAACAACCUAACCACGACUCUCCUCCUCGAACUCAAUAAACCGCUAUUCUCAUCACCAGAAUCUCUAAACCAACAGCCCCCUGCAAACACGGAAAUACCGUGCUCCAUUAUCCUGACAGAAUAUAAGUCUUUCCUUUCUUCGACGGUGCAUUUCCUGCAUGCUAUCCAGGAGCUGCAGAUGCUUUACCAUUUUGGUGAGGAAAGUGGGGUUGCGAAAGGUGUUGGGACCUUGCAGAGGCAGUGGGCUAGUAGGAGUGGUGUAAGUUUUUCUUUCUCAUUCUUUUCUUAUUCAUCGGCCUCUUUCCAUUUCCUCCACAUCUUUUGUUCUGUUUUGGUCGAUAUGUUGUGGGGAGUGGUUACUAAAUGUCCCAAUAGAAUUCCCAGAAUCGAUCGUUCAUUGAGCAGCAGAUUGCUUGUUAUAAGCCGACUGAGUGCUUCCCCAAGAAUGAGGUUUUGAUUCGGGGCGUGGAGGUGGUGGAAUACCUUAAUGAUUUGUUGGAUUUGUUUGAUUGAGUGGGACUUGAUCAGUG